AUGUCUUCAUUAUCAUUAUUAUUUAUUCCUCGAAACCGUAAAGUAGAGUUUGAAAUAGAAGUCAUAAUUCAUGAGUUAACCAACGUUCCUUUGGUAACUGGACUUUAUUAUGUGAAAUGGAAAUUAAAAAAUAGCGAAAAAUCUCAAAGUUUGACAGAGAGAGCACCAAUAAAAGACCACAGUGUUUUUUGGAAUUAUAAGUUGCGGAAUACGAUACAGCUUAUUAUAGGGAAAAAUGGGUUUCUAAUGCCUUGCGAAAUGCGAUUCACUAUAAAACAAGAAUUAAAUGGUGUUAAAGAAAUAAUUAACAUCGGAAAAUUAUCACUUAAUAUUUCCGAAUACGUUGGAUCUAAUUCAAUGACUCGACGUUAUUUACUUCAAGACAGCAAGAUCAAUUCGACUCUCAAAUUGACGAUCAACACUAAACAAACUUUUGGUGACGUAGUCUUUAAAGUUCCUACCCUCAAGAAAACCCAAAUAUUUGGAGGUUUAGCAGGAAUAAUAUCAGAACAAGCAGAACGUCAGGAUGACGAAACUCGAAGAUUAAGACCAAAUUUUGGAAAUCACUACAUGGCUCGUUCUCGAUCAACAACUUCAUUGAGAUCAGCGUAUUAUACUCACUCCACUCAUGUCACCCCAAUAACUUCAUCUUUAACGGUAAAUUCUUUCCUUCGAAAAGUUUAUGAUAAAUCGCCUAUGGAUGUUAUAGAAGAAAUUUUCAUGGGCACUUUAGUACUAAAUGAAGAUUAUAGUGACGAUGAAAAAUCAAAUUAA